AUGGAUCAUGGCAUCUGGUACAAGAGGCAAAGUGGAAAUGAUAGUCUUCUUGCCUAUACUGACAGUGAUUAUGCAGGUUGGAGCUCCGUGGAAGGGGCGAGAAGCUUUUUGUUGUUUGACCCGUUGGGGAUUUUCAGUCGUUGGAUUUUCUGCGACAUCCCACCGACGGGGCUGUCGAUGUCGUCGACGUUCAUGGGGAACUCGACCAGAAUUCAGGAGAUGUUCCGCCGAGUGUCGGAGCAGUUCAUGGUGAUGUUCAGGAGGAAGGCGUUUCUGCAUUGGUAUACAAGUGAAGGGAUGGAUGAGAUGGAGUUCACCAGCAGAAGAAGAAAGGAAGGAAACAGCAGAAACAAUGAUAAGAAGAAGAAGCAGCAAAAGAAGAGAUAUAAUCGUGGCUAUAGAUCAUGGACAAGAACAGCAGACAUGCUUUCAAUUGGGCUCUGCUUCAUCUCUGCCGCCAGGCUGACACUCUUCACCUUGUUCAUGUUCUUUCUGGUGAAGGCAGUGGGGAAAAUAGUGGAAGGAGAGGCA